CAGUGGGAAGAGUACCUGUGUUUGCGCAUGCGCCUCGCUGGGAUUGAGACUCAGCAGCCAGUUGGAAACUGCAAAGCUAAAGGGAACAUUUCUCCCAGGAGUGGGAAGGGUAACUCUGCGCUUCUCUGGAUUAUUACACUGGCCGCUCAGUUCAGUUUAUACUUGUUUCUGUGCCGGGACUAACGCUGCCAAUGGCUUCAUGGAGCGACGAGCAGAGACCAGGAUAGAUCUCACAUCAUGUGAAGGGUGUGAAUUUGAAAUUUGACAAGUUUGUUUUUGGAUGCUGCUCCUCUGCCCUUGUUCUUGAUGCUAGUGAUGCUCCUUGUGAAGAAAGGACUGUGCCAAGAUGCAUGUUAUGAAUUGUGUCUCCUUGGUCAAUGAUAAAGAAAAUGGAGACUGUAAUGUGGUCAUAACAGAGUUAAUGGUUGAACAGCUUCCACUGCCACCACCUCAGCCUCCACCACCACCUCCUCCCCCACCUCCUCUCCCAUUUCAGCAUGUUCCACCACCUCCACCAUUACCAGGUGCUCCACCACCUCCACCACUGCCACAUCAAGAGGGAAAUGAACAUGGCAAUAACAGUAAGAGGAAUAGGAUGAGAAAUUUCUUCUGGAAAACUAUUCCUGAAGAGCAGGUCAGAGGAAAAAACAACAUCUGGACUAUGGCUGCCAGGCAACAUCAAUACCAGAUUGACACAAAAACAAUUGAGGAACUGUUUAGUCAGCAGGAUGAACCUAAAUCAAGACUGAUCAAACCUAAAGGGAAUCUGAGGUCCUCUUUCAGGGAAACCAAGGAAGAGGUCUCUCUUUUGGAUUCCAAAAGGAGCAUGAAUAUUGGGAUAUUUUUGAAACAGUUCAAAAAGUCAACUGAGGAGAUCAUAGGAGACAUUCGUGAAUGCAGAUGUGAUUUGUAUGGACCCGAGCCCCUUCAAGAGCUUCUAAAGUUGUCUCCUGAAUCAGAAGAGGUAAAGAAGCUAAAAGCAUUUAGUGGGGAAGUAGCCAAGCUGUCUAUGGCUGAUGCCUUUAUGUACCUGCUGAUACAGGUGCCAAACUAUUCUUUGCGGAUUGAAGCAAUGGUGCUGAAGAAAGAGUUUGACUCUUCCUGCUCUGCAUUAAGAAAUGAUAUGAAGGUCAUCGUGGAUGCUACACAAGAGCUGAUGUCCUGUGAGCAGCUGCACGCCAUUCUCUUCUUGGUCCUUCAGGCUGGAAACAUAAUGAAUGCGGGGGGCUACGCUGGAAACGCAGUUGGCUUUAAGUUGUCGUCCUUGCUAAGGCUAGCAGAUACAAAGGCAAACAAGCCAGGGAUGAAUUUGCUACAUUUUGUUGCUCUGGAAGCCCAAAAGCAAGACGCUUCACUUCUUACGUUUUCGGAGAAUUUGCCCCUUGUUGGUGAGGCAGCCAGAUUAUCCAUUGAUAAUAUAGAGGCAGAAUUCAAGUCAUUGUCAACCAAAACAAAAUCUAUCAAAGACCAAAUCAAGAAGGAACCUGAACUUUUUAAGCAAAUGGAAGUAUUCCUACAGAAUGCUGUUAAAAAAUUGAAAGACCUGGAAUCACUGAGGGCCCAGUUAAAGAAAGAGGGCCAUAGCCUUAUUGAUUUCUUCUGUGAAGACAAAGAAACAAUGAAACUGGAUGAAUGCUUUCAGAUAUAUAGGGAUUUCUGUGACAAGUUUAACAAAGCUGUAAAGGAAAACAGAGAGAGAGAAAUUCAAGAUCUCCGACAGCAGAAGAAGCUGGAGCAGAAACGAAGUUCCUGGCUUACAUGUGAAAAUACAAACUUUGGAAGGAGCUGCAGUGAAAAUGACGUGGAAAUUUUGAGAAAAGCUGAAGAUUUUCUGCAACAAAGACCUCAAAGUUCCUUGAACAGGAGCUCUAGCACAAGGCGUUCUCGUCUCUCCUUGGGGGUUGCAGCAGACCGAGAACUUCAGAUGCACUUAGAAGCUUCACAAGUAGAGGAAACAAGCAAGUUCAACAGUCUGCCCAGAUCUCACACUCACAAGCCAAGGCCUACUGUAGCAUGGAUAGAUUCUAAAGUAGAAAAAGACCAUUCCCUAAAUGUUUUGCAAAGGCGAAAUGAGACAAGGGACACCCUAGAACAAAUACCCACCCUGGUGAUAACUUGCCUGGAAGAUGACCGGAAUAUACACACUGCCAAUAAUCAUGUUCAGCAACAACAGGAGAAAGCUGACCAUAAUAACAAUAAAGCAGAACUUCACCAAAACAGAACCGAUCUGAAGCAGCCUUCACCUGUAAGUCCCUUUGUGGUAACCAUGGAGGAGCACGAACUGGUCAAAAAAUUAGAACAAUUUGAUCUUAGUGGAACAAUGUGUGAAAAUACUGAACUUCUACAUAAAACAGAGGAAGAAAGCAAUGAUGCUUUGAGUUUGUGCUCAUUCAGCUCUACAGAUGAAAACACAAUCACACUGAGUAAAAAUAAAGACAUUUGUAAAGCAAGUAACUUCAUGAGCAACUCAAAUGGGGACACAAAUCUAAAUCAAAGCACAAGAAUAUCAGAAAGUUCAAGUGCUUCUGAAAUAACUGAGCACACUCCAUGUUUCUUUGUUGCAGAUAGUACUGAAAACUCUUUAAUGCGUGACUCUACUGGUGGGAAAGAUUUGAUAUCUGAGAGCGAAGAGACUGAAAUAAUACAAAAAGUUCUUUCAAAUGAUGAUGAAAAGAACUUCGAUCUAGUUGCAAAGAUACCUGUCUCUGGCAAGCUUGAAAGCAAAGAAAAUAAUGCUAAAAAAGCUGGUCUUACAAAGGAAACGACACUACAAAACAAAGACAAUCUCAGAAAAACUAGCUCCUUAAAAGAGAGAACCUCUAGCACUAUCAGGACAAAUAUCAGUCAAUCUAGUAACACAGUAUCAACUAAACCAGUGCGCAUGCUGAAUGAUUCUGAGCAUGUGAAUAUGAGAAAAGUUGUCCCCAUUUCUAAAUCCAAUAGGGCUGGCAGUAUAAAGCAUACAGAACUGAGAAGCUCUCUCCGGGAUUCCCCUAGCAGUGACAGCAAGCAGACCCUUAGACAUUCACUCAGGGGGAAGAGUGAAAAUGUGCCAAAAAACUCUUACUCGCCUUCUGAGGAACCCAAACUACAAAGAGGAGACAGCUUCAUAUUAAACGGUUCCAGGUUUCAGAGAGAUCAACUUCAGAGGAGCAAUUCUGUGAAAAAGCCAGCAGCAAAACCAGUGCGUAAUAUUUGUAAACCAAAGCCCGAAGAGACCAAACUUUGCCGUUCGACUGCGAAGUCAGCGCUAAGCAAUACAGAAGUCGGUAAAAUGCCCCCUGCACCACCCAUAAAGUCACCAUCAUCUUCUUCAUCUACACCAAGCUUUGCAAGAAAUACUGUAGCUUCUUCCAAACGUGCAAAAAGUGAUUCUACUCCUCCAACCAAAGUAACAACCAUGUCUAGAUCUGGCUCUCUCCGCCAGUCAAAACUAAAGUCUGACCCUAUUAGUAAAGAAGCAAAUACAAAUGAUGAUGGAAAUGUAAAUACACCCAAGAGGGCCAAUAGCUUAAGAGCAAAUGGAAGGCCGAAGGAACCAGUUAGAGACUCCAUACCUGAAACUGAUCAAAAAGAAAAAAGUAUUGUGGAAAAGUCCUCUAUAAAGCUGAAAGACACAGGAAAGGCAACGCUCGGCAAACUAUUGAAACCUUUACUAAAGUGAUAGUGUUAUUUAAACAGCAUUACUUUUUCUUGACGAGCCCUAUUUGGGUGAGCACAGGAAAGUGAACUUUUCUUUGUCAGUCCCUUAUUUUGACGUGCUCUAUGUAUAUCAUAUGCAGCUAGCCGUACUGGAGGCGCCAGCUCAUCGUACUGGACAUUUUGUGUUUUCCUGUUAUUUUUUCCUCAUUUUUCAACAUCAUGAAGGGAGAUAAAAUGUGCUUGUUACAGCUCUUGGGUGGCAUAUGUUUAACAUAGACACACACAAACAUCCAUUUAAAAAAACUUUUUUUUGUUUUUCAUUUCGAGCAAAUUCACCCAGAAGAGGAAAGGACUCUGAUGAACCCUUACCCACUGAAGGCUCUGCUUGAUUAUUGACACUAAGGCUGGCUGGCCACUUCCAGUCACUGGAGUUUUCAGUCUUGAUGACAUGAAUUAAGCUUGAAAGACUCUGCUGGGUGGAGUCUGCAUAUUAAUGGAUGCCCCCCUGGAACUAUAAGCGGCACAGGUGUGUCUCCUUAUUGCACAAUAGCACACGUCCUGUAGUAUGAUUCUUUGUUAAGAGCACUUCCGCUGUUAUGUGUAUUCUGUUGUGUUUGUCUUUUUUUAUUGUUCAUACGUGAAUACUGCUGCUAGGGUUCUCUUGUAUAAUAAGCUUUGAUAAAAACAUUUGCUGUUUCUCAUCCCCCUGAUACCUUUGAUCAGCGAACGAGGCCCACUGGUCAUGUAUAGUAAUUAGAUUCUAUUCCCAAUUUAUUCUGUAGCAGUGCAUUUAGUGAAAGGAUAAUUUGGCACAUUCAGCUUCAUCCGGGGAGCAGGGGGUAUUCUAUUGCCACAGAAUGUUUACAAAAGCUUUUACAUAUCAUGCCUUAUCUGAGUUGUUACUAUACUGAUGAAAGUGGAUAUUUUAUAUAUACUAAAAAAAAUGUUUGGAUGGUGGUGGAAGAAAUCACUGGGUGAAUUAUUUAUUCCUGUCCAUAGGUGGCCAACUGCUGCUUUUGGUGUUAAUAUAACAUUACAGUUUUAAUCAUAGCUGGGUUUUUUUGUACAGGGGAGGAAUGUGUCCCACUGGUAGACUACACACUAAUAAUCAUUUAUCCACAGCCUCUAAUGGGAAAUGACCUACAAUAAUGACAAACCGACAAUGGCAGCUCACACUGUGGAACGUACAAGCUCAUUGAGUUUGAUUAAAAUAAUUUCUCAUUGGAAAUAAACAUCUGAGUAUCAGUUGCUUUAGGGAUUCCCAAAAUGCAUCCCUCCACCAUUCUUUAACUACUUCUCUAAGAAUCCUAAUGAGGCCAGUAGUCCAGUAAAAGAUAUAAGGGCAUGGGCUGAAAAAUGCUAUUUACUGGGAUCUGAUACCAAGGUCUGAGGAAUGGUAUCCUACAAUGCUUUAGCAUUUCCAUUUCUUUUAAAUGCAUGGCCAUUAUAUGGUCCCCCUCUAGCUUGUAGUUAAAGGAAAACUAUACCCCCCAAACAAUGUAGGUCUCUAUUAAAAAAUACAGCUCAUGUGUAAAACCCUGCUUCAUGUAAAUGAACCAUUAUCAUAAUAAUAUACUUUUCUAGU